AGCUGGCAACCAUAUUAUUAUUAUUACUUUGGCUAGGAAAACAAGCGAAACCGAUCGGCAGCAGGCUGUCACGUUUGUUUUUCUCGCCUUGGCUUCACACACACACACACACACAACAACAAAACAACCCGAAUUGUAGCAGCAGAGAUGGGCGGGUCAGGAAGCAAGCCAGCGCCCACGGCGGCGGCAGCGACGACGACCAACAGCGUCGCAGCACCCGCACUGGAGGAGGCGGCGACGAGUGCGUCAAAGCCGGUCUCGCGUGAGUCGAAGGAUUUCUACACCUAUAAGGAGUUCCGCGACCAGCUGUUAGACUUUGCCCUCGGCGAGAGCGCCUUCGACUACGCGGAGCGGCUGUUCGAGGAGCAACCCGACAGCCCCGAAGUGAUGGCGCUGCUCGCGGAGACCACCGUUCUCUACGACAAAACGAAGAACAAGGUAUCUCGUGAGCACUGGUGCGAUCGCCUGGAUUUGCUGCAGCGGGGCGUGGAUGUCAGCCGCAAGUGUAUCAACGAGAACCAGGACUACGGCCCCUGCUACCGCACCUACGUAAUGUGCGCCGCACGGGAGUCAGAGGCUCUCUACUACAUGAAGAGCCUCACCGGCCUAGGCCUUGUAGAAAACUAUCAGGCCAUCAUGAAGAAAGGCAAAAAGGGGAUGGCGCUGCUGCCGACGGAUGCGGAGAUCCCAAACACGCUUGGCGCGCUCUGUGCCCGGUGCUCCUUCCGCUGGUACGACCCGUCGCGGUUGUACGCGUGGUACUAUGGACUACCCAACACGCGGACCCUGCGUGAGAUGAGUGUGCGCUUCCACAAAAAAGCAGCAGAAAACGACCCGAAGAAUUUAGAAUACGCCUGCCGACUGGCGCAGGCGUACUUCCAGCUAGGCGACCGCGUGAAUGCGCGACGGUGGUAUGUGAAGGUGCGUGACGAGAUGCCGCCGCAGGAGCUGAAAGAUGAGAAGUGGCAGGGCGUGGCGCACACCCAGCUUUCGACGGCGUUUACGCGGCCGAAGUGGAACGUGCCUUUCGCAUAG